AUGUCCAAAGCCAUUUCCUUCGGCUUUGGAAAGUCCAAGGGUGGGACUGCGCCUGCAAAGGCAUCGUUGCUUCCUCCGCCGUCGAACAAGUCCAAGAGCAGCCUCCUACGCGCCAACGACUCGGACAAUGAAGAUGAGGUUGAGCCGAAGCACGAGUCAGUCGCUGGGUUUUCCUCCGACGGUGUAAUACUCAGCAAGCCGACACAACCAAAGAAUGUGAAAAUCAUAGCGAACUCUGGGAAUGGUGACUGGCGAAAUCGAGGACGAACGGGUCAACAGCCAGCGGAGGCACAAUCUGCACAGAAUGGAGCGACAGUCCUGGUCGAAAAAGAUGAAGUCAGUACCGCGAGCGGUCUCCAAGCUCCCAAGCUUCUGACAGAAGACGAAAUAGCGAUCGCCGCACUGACCGGAGACCGCCCGAAGAGUAACGCUGUAAUCACAACGGGUGGUAAUGCUCGCCUCACAGGACAGGACGAGACUGCUGACUUCAGAUACGACGUCGCCUCGAGACCCGAAUCAAGCACUUUGGAAGAGUAUGCUGCAAUGCCAGUGGAAGAGUUUGGAAUGGCCAUGCUUCGUGGUAUGGGCCAGAAGCGCAAGGCUGCUGGACAAGUCAUCAAUCUAGACGGCAACACAGCGGAACCGCCUCAGAAGUUUCGCAAGAGCAAUGGCUUCUUAGGCAUAGGAGCCAAAGGUGGUCCUGGCGCUGAUAUCGGAAUUGGUGCUUGGGGUAAGGCGGACAUGCGCAAGAACAACAAGGGACAAGGCUUAUACAUGCCAUUGCUGCGAGUGAACAAUGCCACAGGCGAGCAGAUCACACAGGAAGAACUAGAAAGGCGGCAACGAGACGCAAAGACACAGAAGGGUUCAGAUGACUGGCGAGACCGCCGAGAUCGGAACUUGCAGAGGAGUGGUAGAGAUAAGGACGACUCGCGGCGGAACGGCGAUCAGAAAGCCAUCACGAACGGCGACGACCAUGAAUCGUCGAAACACAGCAGUUCCUCACGACGCGACCGCGAUCGGGACGGCCGAGACGAUGAGGACUACGACAAAUCGCGUUCGCGACGGCACAGAAGUCGCUCAAGAGAUCGACACCGGCGAAGAAGGGACGACAGCGAUGAUGAACGCGACUCGAGACCGAGGGACAAGCACAGGGACAGAGACAGAGAUCGAUAUCGGGACGACGAUCGCUACGACUCGAGCUCAUCGCAUCGCAGUGGGCGACGCGAGCGGGACAGAGACCGCGACAGGGACAGGGACCGUGAUCGAGAUCGAGAUCGAAGAUAG